AUGGAGGCUGAGGAGCCCCAGGCGGAGGGUCCCACCGAAGGGCCCCCGGCCAACGGGGCGCAGGCAGAGCCCCCGCCACCCAUCGGGCCCCCCACGCAGCCACCCCGGACAGCAUCGCCGGCAGCACCCGAUGGCGCCUGUGGCGGGCCCCACUGGGAGGGCAAGGAUAUGUGGGGCAUGUACCCGCCUCUGGCCGUGUUGGAGGGCGAGGAGGUGAGAGAGGGCUCCCAGCAGCGGCAGGCGAGGCCCAGGACGGCCAGGGGACAGAAGAAGGCGGCGGACAAGAGGGAGGCGGCAGAUAAGAUGGAGGCGGAGGACAAGAUGGAGGUGGUGGACAAGAUGGAGGCGGCAGCCGGCUCCGCACAGCCGGUGCUGCCGGCCGAGGAGGUCGAGCCGCCGGCCGUGGCCAAGGCCAUGCAGUGCAGCCAGUUCGGCCGGCAUGUCGAGGAGCUCUUCCGGCAGGAGAAGGAGGCGGCGCUCAAGGCGCUGCGCACAGGGCUCUACGUGGGCUGGCGCUGCCCCGAGUACCUGUGGGACUGCUUCCGCGUGGGCGAGCACUCCAAGUGCUUCUGCGGGCACCUGCUGGGAGAGCACGAGCCGUACGCAGAGGUGCGCGACUCCGUGCCCUGCGCCGCCGGGCGCUGCGAGUGCCGCGGCUUCGCCUUUGUGCCCUCGCGGCCCGAGGACGUGGGCGAGCUGUGGCUGCGGCGGCGGGCGCCGGCGGAGCGCGCGGGCUGGCACGCCGCGUGCCGCUGCAAGCACAGCCACGAGAAGCACGCACCGGGCGGCACGCGGGCCUGCCGCGCCGCAGGCUGCCCCUGCAAGGGCUUCGAGUCCACGUUCCUGUGCGCGGCCUGCGACCGGCGCUGGGAAGAGCACCAGACUUUCUUCGAGACCAUGGAGGCACGGAAGCAGGGCGGACUGCCCUAUGGAGAGCAAUACCUGGUCUUCGCGGAGCUGCCUGAAAUGAGGAAUGCCGUGCUGACGGGGAAGACCAGCGACGACUCUGCGUAUCUGGCGCUGCUGGCGGAGAUGUCCAGCCCAUCGAGCUCCCAGACCCAGCCCCUGCCCUCCACAGAGCCCCCCAAUGCCCCCAAGUAG